CCAGAGAAGUUUGUCCCUGGUGGCUCGCUGUACUUCCGGACUACAAAAUGGCUUCUACUAGCGGCUGCAAGUUGUCUGCCUCUCCAGUGUUGUUUGUAUUAAAUGUUGCUUUAAUAUUAUUACUAAUAACUGCAAAAUCCGCAUCGGCUUCCCAGGAGAGAACUAAGACCGAGGAGUUUAAUGUCAGACCUGGGGGAGUGGUGCAUUCGUUCUCCCAGAAAAUGGGGGAGUACAGCUGUAGCUUCACCUAUGCUUCCCAGGGCGGGACUAACGAGCAAUGGCAGAUGAGUGUGGGCCUGAGCGAGGACGACAGGCUCUUCUCCUGCUCCGUCUGGAGACCCCAGGGGAAGUCCUACCUGUUCUUCACUCAGUUCAAAGCUGAGGUGACCGGCGCUAAGAUUGAGUACGGCAGUGCAUUCUCCCAGGCGGCGGUCGGUGGAAACAAAGACGUGGCGCUGAAAGCAGAGGAGUACACGGUGGGAGAAAGCACAGUGACACACAACGAAGGCAAGUUCCGUGCUGAGCUGUCCAAGCUCACGAUCAUUGCGAGAACGCGCCACGACGAGCUCUGAUUGGCCUAAAACUGCAAGAGGGGCGGGAUCCGCUCGGAUUUGCUUGGGACAGUGUGACGGAUUCGAUGAUUCACCGUGUGAAUAAUCUCCACUUCUACAGAAAACCCAAGGAGUGAGACAAGGAUCCCCCAACACUGUCUAAUGAUUCUGUAUAAUCUUUUUAUUUUAUUUUUACAGUAGAGCAAAGGAAGUGAAGGCCCGUUCUCUGUGCACAUCCUGUAUAUUGUAGAAUUGCAGAUAUUCUAAACAGUCCAAUAGAUUCAGUACAAAUGAAACUUACAGUACAAGCAUUCCACCCCAACGGAGCCAUUCGGGUUGCUGCCCCAUUGUGACAUCAGCACUGUGCAGUAGCUGCAUUCCAGCUCCUCAGCCAAUCACUGUAGAGAGAAAAGUGUAGUAUAAUACACAACUGAGGAAAUGGUUAAUGAAUAACGCAUUAUUUUAUUUUUUUUUAACAUGAUCGCCAGCUAUUGUUUGUUGUUUUUUUUGUGAGAAUUUCUGAUUUAUUAUAACAAGCAGAUAAAAAAAUAAAAAAAACAAUAAAAUGAUCUUGUUGGUUAUAA